AUGUCUGAUUCAGCUCAUCAUGCCCAUCGGGUAUUCGUCCCCAAGAUCCAAACCAUCGAAAACAACCCUCUUUCACACCUUUUACCAUACGGCUCCUUAAUACUUGCUACCAGCAUCAUCUGCAUUGUUCUCCUUACCAACUGCCUCGAGCGAUGGAUCCUACCAGCUGUUUACAAAGACAUCUGCCAAACAUUCGAACGAACAAAGGACGAAAGGCGACGGCGGUCUUUUGUCUACUUCCACGUCGGCUGCAUCAUUCUUUUUUGCGUUCUCUGCAGUGGAUGCUAUCCUAUGAUGUACUUCCUCAUCGGCGACGCCAAAUUCUCUACACCAUUUACCAAAGGCAGCUCUGUCACGAUCGGAGACAGUCUGCUUGUUCUUUCCGAAGUCUACAGUUCAUAUUACAUCUUCGAAAUAUGCUUUCGCACCAAGUUCGCUAGCCCUCUCAGCAUUGCGCACCAUACUGGACUACUUGUCAUCACACAGACAGCGUUGAGUCUUUUUGCCGAUCACGACAAGCAUCGCGAAGCUACACUGGAGUUCUACAUGUGCAUGGUCUGGGGCACAUUCGAUGUAAUCGUCGAGCUCCCUAUCUUCCUCAUGAUGAUCGUGUGGCGGAUCAAGCGCCACAACACUCUAUUGCUGUCCCGCAUGGCCUACACGUGCUGUGUCUGGCAAGUUACAGGGGCUAUAACCGAGGUCGCCGUUACGAUAUAUCUCCUCAACCGGUCGUGGCAUCGCUGGGGUCUCGAGUGGCGCAUCAUUACACCCCUGGUGUUCUCAUUGUGGAUCACAACCCAGCUCUACGGAGCCUCUCGACUAUAUCAGAUGGGACGCGGUGAGCGGCAAAAGCUGAAAGCCAAGGACGAGUUGGCCUUGACGCAGGAGGAAAGCGUAUGA